AUGGCUAGAACACCUGUAUCCACCAAGAAUGCCCCCGCAGUGCCGGCGAACCUGAUGAACCAGGCCAUUAUCGCCAAUGGCUUCGUCUUCACUUCAGGAGGAGUUGCAAUGGAUCCCCAGACUGGAAAGAUUAUUGACGGUGACAUUGAAGCCCAUACUCGUCAAAUCAUCCGCAACCUCGGUGCCAUCCUUGAUGAGGCUGGCUCAAGUCUAAACGACGUGGUCGAAGUCAACAUUUAUCUAUCCGACAUGAAGUACUACGCCAAGAUGAACGAGGUGUAUUCUGAGUAUUGGGGUGAUUUGAAGCCUGCUCGAACGUGCGUUGCUGUCAAGAGUUUACCUAUGAACGCCAACAUUGAGAUCAAAUGUGUCGGAAUUGUUACUAAGCCAAAGUCCAAGCUGUGA